GUAACGCUGCCAAAGCCAACUCCUGCCCGAGGAGAAGCUAAAUAAUCCGGGCUAAUACCAAUGAAAUGCCAUUCUCAGACUAUAGCGCUUUGUUAUGCUGCGCCGCGGGGAAGUUGAAGCGCAUCCUGCUCUCAGGCCAGAUAACACUUGCCCUUCCGAGCACUGAAUGAGAAGGUGGGAAAUCAAGUGCGAAGACGAAAAGGACACGCAGCCCCUACACAACCGUGGAACACCACAUUUUUCCACCUGGCAAAUCUCUUGAUGGAACAAAUGAGGACUCAUCGGGAGAGGCUGAGCAGGGCAUGGCUUUAAGCAGACUCCUGCUGCUCUGUAUGGUAGCCUCCGAGGUGUGGGAUGCUGAGACGAAACCCAUGGACUUUGUGUGUAAUCGAGCCGCCAGAAGGGUUUUGAAUAUUGUGGCAGAAAUGGAAAGUGCACUGAGUGACUGCAAUGCUGUCAUGACCCUUUCCACACCGGUUCAGCUGCCCUGCACAGAGCUUCAUGUAGCAUCUUGGGAAAACAAAUCAGUGUUACUGCAGUACCAGGAGAGGAGAGGAGACAUCAUUGCAUCCUUGAGGCUUCUUAUUGAAGGUGUGAAGGUCAUGAGGGCCCUGAGUACGCCAGGAUGUGGCACUUCAUUGCUGCAGAGAUUGGAAAACAACAUCAACAACUAUCUGGUCAUUCUCACACACCUUCAGCUCAGGGGGCCAGUGGAGACUCCAUCAUUGUCUUGUGUUCCUCUAAGGUCGCAGAGUCUGAGCACAGUCCUGCUGAGAUACAACCAACUGAUCUCAGGCAAACUGGAGAGGUUCAUGAUUAAUAUGGAAGACAGAUGCCCUCACAAGUGACACUAGCAACUUUAGUGGACCCAUUAUUCUUCACAAAUGACGGGAUGGAUUACACUCGGGAGCCCCUAGUCAAUAAAUUCCACCAACACAAAACAGCAGGAUUGAUCUGGACUUCCUCCUCACUCUGAAAUGUCUCAUCUGUAAAAAGUCUGCUAUUGUAUCCUGUUAUUGACAGACUCACAUUUUAGGGGCAAAAAGCAGAAAUGUAUCUGCGAUGAUGAGCAUCAUGGACCAAUUGGAGGGAGGUAUCGUUGUGUCAUUCUACAUAAAGCUAAGGAUGCGUUGAAUAGAACUUUAGGCCUUUACGACCAAUACAAGCCUCCAAUCUACCAAAAAGCAAGUAGCUUCUCUUUUUACAUGCAGCUUAGAGGCAGCUUUGUUUUGACUUUACUGUUUGCAAAUGUAUUAAAAUUCAAAUGAUUGUUCAACGUUAAGAGAGCGAUCUCCAGCUUGAUCACAUGACCAGAGCAAAAAAAAGUCUACUUGGUAUUUUUGGUUCAUGUUUUCACGAAACAUUUGUUUAAGUCCUUUUAAAAUUAGUGGUACAAUGUGUUUACAUUGCUAGACAGUCAUUGCACUUAAAUGAAUAUACAUAAUAAUACAAAUAUCGGCUACUUAUCAACAAACCAUACUUAAGGAUAAUGAAGGAAAAUAUUGCUGCACUCUACUGGUAUGAAUUUAAUAAGCAGAUUUGUUUUGUUCUCAUUGCACUUUUAGAACUUAUAUCUUUUAUAUUUUACGAUUUGCUGUAUAUAUGUACACAUUCUUAUGUAUUUCUUUUUUUUAUCCCAAUUCAGCAAAUCCAUCGUGUGUAUAUGUAAAGUAUUCUAAGUACAUGUUUACAACACUAUAUGAAUAUUAAUGUUGUUAAUGAUGACAAAACCCUUUACACUGUAAUAUGCAAUAAACAAUUAUGAUGUGCUAUACACCCA